AUGGUAUACUACACCUCACUUCUCAGUACAAUUUGUUUGUUUCUGCUCUUGGGCAGUGCAACACCGUCCUUGGUUCGCUGCAAAAGCCCGCAGCAGCCAUAUGAUGCUAAAGGGUUGAUGCUCGACCAGGUGGUCAAGUUGGGUCCAUAUCCUGAUCGGGACAAUGAACUUUGCACGGCCUUGGGUGCACAUUUGCUCGCGGCGCAGAGGUCCCUACGCCCCCCAAACGUGGACAUAGUCCGCCAAGCCGAGAAGUCCGUGGCGGCUAAUCCUGGCUUGUUCACCACGGAUGCCCGAGGCAAUAACUGGCUUACUGUGGGAAGCAACCGGUGGUCGGCCGGCCGCUUCCAAACCUUGCAAGUCAAACAUUUACGCCGCCAGGCAAGUCUACAUCAAAAAGACGCCAAAGAUAAACAUCCAGGACGGCCGGUACCUCGCUUGCGUCUAUGGCUACUUGUUGGGAGUACCGUGGCCACCGACAUUGGUGCGUUGCAGGCGACGGCGGGAAAAGAUGCACUCUUCCAAGUCGCUUCGCAAUUCAACUGUCUUGAAUCAACGGGACCGAGACAACUCGUGCCUGUGCAUGAAUAUUUCACGGAUAAUACUCAGGGUCCACGGGCAGCCAUAGGCGCAUUCCCGGGCGCUUUGCUCAGACAUUACCGGGCAACCAGCAUCGAAUCGCACGGCAGGCCCUUUGUACAAGUGACCGACGGCCAGCAGGUUAACUUGCUUGACGAGGUGGUUGACAGGUCGACCAACGUCGUGGAGAACGGGUAUUUUACUGGCGAACACGCAACCAAUAUCCCAAAGCUCGCCAAGACCAUCCAAGACAAGGAAGAUUUAAUCAAAGUUGGUGUACACUCUAACGUCCAGGUCGUGUUGGGCGCCAAUUGGCAUGGUCAUGUAGAAGGCUCGCCGCUCAUUACCCAAGUCUUGACCUCGGCUGUGGCCGGAGGGUAUUACCAAGGCCAGAGGUUCCUCGGCAACUAUUUCCCACAGAUCAGUUCCAGUCUGCUGCGCGCCGCAUACAAGGGGACUUUGUAUGCGGCGGCGAGCGAAGGCAUGCGCAAAGCUGUGCUGACCAUGAUUGGAGGCGGCGCGUUCAGCAAUGACGUGGGUACAAUAUGGGAGGCCAUUGGAGUAGCCCUCGAUGAAGUUAAACCUGUGCUCUCCAAUGACCUGGAUGUCUUUAUCAACAUACGCAACAUGGACGAGCUGACCCGCCGAGUACCCACGCAGCAAGUGCUGGAAAGAGUGAGGAGGUUUGGUGGGGGCAUAGUUAGGUUUGAGGAUGGCGGCAAGAUUUCCAUUGAGCGCUAG